CAGGGACGUCAGAGUACGGGUGCAUUGUAUGAUCUGAGUAGUUAAGUUGAUCGAGCAGUAGUUUGUGGGAAUUUGUGGUCAAAAUAUCAUGGAGCUGUUGGGAUUUGACUUGUCCGUGACAUGGCUGUUGAUUAUCGGUUUCGUUCUCAUAUCAGUUUGGUAUGAUCGGUGGUGUCACCAGUAUUUUCAGAGGUGUGGCAUCCCUGUAGCCGACUACAUUCCUUUCUUUGGGAACAUACUGCAAUGGCGUCAUGGACUCCAACACACUUUUACCGAGUACGUAAAGAAGCAUGGCAGAGUCGUCGGAAUGUAUGAUUUCCGACGUCCAGUACUGAUUAUCAAUGAUCCUGACAUUUUGAAGAAUAUCUUGGUCAAGAAUUUCUCCAGUUUCUACAACAGGAGGAAAUUCCCACUCGGGCAAAAGCCCUUGAACAGAGGCUUGACUCAGCUUGCGAACGAAGAAUGGAAAGAGAUACGCAACGUCAUCACUCCGUCAUUCAGUGCCUCCAAAAUGAGACUGAUGUCGGAGACGAUCAAUGAAUGUUGUGAUACCUUGGUGGCAAGUUUCAGCAAGGCCCAGGAGGGAGGAAAAGCCGCCGACUGCAGAGUGUUGUUUGGUGGUUUCACCAUGGACGCCAUUGCCAAGUGUGGAUUCGGCCUCAAAGUUGACUCCCAGCAGAACAAGGAUGAUCCUUUCGUCAAGAACGCAAAGAAGGCCUUCGAUUUCAGCUUCUUCAAUCCCGCUUUCAUGAUCGUCUCCGCCUUCCCCUCUCUGUCGCCCAUCUUUGCUUAUCUCAAAUUCGACCUGUUCGACCCGGAAGUUAUAAAAUUUUUCAUGAACGUCACGGAGGCCGCGUGCAACAUGCGCAAACAGGAGGGUCAGGAUGCGUCAAAGCGCAUCGAUCUGCUGCAGCUGAUGCUGAACGCCCACGAGGACGAGGAACACGAGGAGGAAGACACGCCCACCGCAGGGAACGGUCAGAACAAGGGUGCCGCCCAUCGCAGACCACUGUCGACAGUGGACGUCAUGGCACAGGCUAUCACCUUUUUCCUGGCUGGUUACGAGACUACCAACACACUGUUGAGCUUCACUGCCUACCUGCUGGCUACCAACCAAGACGCGCAAGAGAAACUGCACGCUGAGAUUGACAACCUCGCUCCCACACGUGACAACCUCGGCUAUGACGUCAUCGCCAAGAUGGAGUACCUGGACAUGGUGAUUGAUGAAUCACUGCGCAUGUAUCCCCCAGCAGUCAUAUUUGAUCGUAUGUGCAAUGAGACAAUUAGCUACGAAGGUCUUACCAUCGAAAAGGGUGUAAACGUGUUCGUUAGUCUCUGGAGCUUACAUUACGACGAGGAAUUCUGGACAAAUCCGACUAAAUUUGACCCGGAAAGGUUCAGCCCUGAGAACAAGGCCUCCAUCAAACCGUGCACCUACAUGCCGUUCGGCUUCGGUCCUCGUAACUGCAUCGGUAUGCGCUUUGCCUUGCUGGAAUCCAAGAUGGCGCUGGUGCGUGUACUGCAGCAGUAUCGCUUUGAUGUCUGCUCAGAAACCGAGAUCCCACCCAAGCUCGGUAAGACUGGCUUCCUUGCUCCGAAGAGUAUGAAGCUCAGUGCAGUCCCAAGAAACUAGACAGCAACCACGGUUGAUAGAAGGAGAGAAAUCUGAUCUCAGCCUUAAGAUGAUUUAAAGACGUUCAUGAUAUAUGUCAUUAUGUUUACAUCAAUCACUCAUUUGGUUAUUGUUAGGGUUAGGCAUGUGUGCCACUUUUGUUGAAUGAAUAGCAGCAAGUUAAUGUUGAAGCUCUACUGUUCGAUGUAUUUUGCUAGUAAGAAGCUGCAUAGAAUUUGUUGGUAGAACUAUUUCUUGAUCAUCAUUUGAGAGUUCUUGAGAGUUUUAGAAUUUACAGACUGCGUUAUCCGUUUUUGGAUCAUUUUUUUAAGGAAACCGAAACAAAAUUCGUGUCAAAGUUUAGUUUAAAAUGCUUUUAUAACACUUGCUGAAAUAAAAGCGGUAUGAUAGCAAUUGGUUGAUAUAUGGAUUUCAGUUAUAUUCCUUCUCAUAUUGAUUUUGAUGAAAUUCCUUUUAGUGUGCAAGUGUUGUGAUACGUUAUACUAUUCGGCAUGAAUUUCAGCACUUUGAUAAAAACAAUUCGCCAUUUAGUGCCUCACCAAAGUUAAAUGGGCUGAAAAUAAUUUACGCCCUUCACUACAAUAACGAAGCUAUAUGAUUAAUAUUUAAACACUUCCUCGUUACAACUUUGCAUAGUGUAGUGUAUUUGUAAUGUCUAUGAUAAUUCAAAAGUGUGUAAAUGUAAAGCCUUUGUGUUUCAGGGUAGAUAUUUUACAUUUUCAUAUUUUAAUAAAUCGACGUUGAAUUUGAACUUUAUGUGAUUGCACAAUACAUGUACACUAGUGUUCGUUAGUUGCCUUUAUUCAUUGGAAACGUGCACUGUUAUGGAAAAAGAAAUUAUAUUACUAUUUCUAUAUUUUUACUUAAUUUGUACAUAACUAAUACUAUAGUAUGAUGUUUAUAUUUAGAAAUUCGACGUUUGUCUUUUGACGUCAACUUUGUGAUAUUUUAGUUCUAUUUGAUUCUGAUGUUUAACUGGUGUUCUAUAAACGUGCGCGGAUCUUCUGCAAAUAGUUAAAACUGACUGUAUAUUAUAUAACCUGUAUUAUGGAAAAGAGCGAUCAUUAUCUUUGAAAAUAUAGUUAUAGCUGCAGAUCAUGUUAAACAAGUUGACGUCACUUUUUUACUUGAUUCUUAACAUUUUAUUUCGCUGCUACGUAAAAAAAAAUAUUACAGUUAUAUGUAACUGAUAGCAAAAAGAGUGUGGGGGCAGCUGCCCGGUAACACAUAAGUGGUAAAUGACUAUAAAAUUCAAGUGUUUAUAUCA